AUGACCAUGCUGGUGCACACACAUACACAUGGAUACUGGCGCAAUAUGAUCCAGACCUCGCUGGGUGACCGCAAGCUGCCCAACUCUAUCACACCGCUGGACAGCGCCAUUGCCAUGGGCCGAAAGAUAGUGCGACAGAAGGGUUACGAUCCGUAUCACCUGCCCGAUAUGAAUAGGACGAUGGGCGUGUUCAGUGUCCAGUUGGCCCACACCUGGAUCAACGGCGUCUCCAGUUUCUACCGCGUUGGUAACAUCACAGCCGGCAUGGCCAACAAGACGGUGUCGGUGCUUCUGCAGCUAGGCACCCAGCAGAUAACUGGUGCCGGCCAGUGGGAGGUGGGUCUGGGCAUGAUGACACGUGUGGGUCAUGUCCAAUUCACAGUGCAGCACAUCCGGGCCACCAUAGGCAUAAGCCAGUCCAUGGACACGAGGAAGCGGGCACAGGUCACCGAUCUGCAGUUUGAUAUGGGCAACAUCCAGGUGCGUUGCGAUGGCGCUGGCACCUUGGACUACAUCAUGGAGUUCCUGGUGAAUGUGAUACCCAAUCUGUUGCGGUAUCAGAUUAUGGACGCCAUCGAGAACCCGAUCAAGCAGCGCGUGCAGGAGAAGUUCAAUGCCAUCGAUGUGGAGCAAGUCAUCAAGCUGAUGGCUGAGAAGUACGAGAAAGAGGGCAGUGACUUUACCUUUGACCCAAAGCUGUUGGGAAUCUAAGAUAGAGUAACAGUGAGGGAGUUUUUGCAAUAAAGGUUUAUCUUUAUCCCAGAAGAUCGGGAGUCAUCACAA